AUGACGGACGCCUCGGAUAAGAGAGAUUUUCUUUUUUUUUUUUUUUUAAAUUUCGAUCUCGCUCUGUUGCAGGUACUCUUGCUGGUGGGCAUCGUCGCCAGCGACAACAGCACUGUCGAGGGCAGCCUGGAGGUUGCGAACGCAGUGGGCAGCUACGAAACUGACCAGGCAUUGUAUUCUUUGUUACAGGGAAGCUCGUCGGGAGAAUGGACACCCUGCUCGAGGAGCUGCGGGGGCGGUCUGUCGAAGCAGCAAAAGCAGCGAUGCCGGCGGAAGCCGUGCAAGAGUCGGAACAUCAAAUACAAAGUUUGCAACGUGCAGCCGUGCGCCAACGGAGCCGACCCGCGCUCGGAGCAGUGCUCAGCCUUCAACAGCGUACCGUACAGCGACCAGCUGCUCAUGUGGUACCCCUACUACGACCCGUCUCGUCCUUGUGCCCUGAUCUGCCGCGGGGAGCAGCUCGGCAUUGCCAACGGAAACGAUAACAACAACGGGGCGAACCUGGCAGUCGCGGGCAACAACAAGGGCCAGCGCGUCGCGAAGGAUGAGGAGUACGAUUCGGACGAAUCGAUCGUUGUGCAGUUGGCCGAAAAGGUUCAGGACGGCACGCGCUGCUUCCCCGAUGCCCAGGAUGUUUGUAUCAACGGCAAGUGCAUGGGGGUUGGCUGCGACUUGAGGGUCGGGGGCAGCAAGAGCCGGGACGUGUGCGGCGUCUGCGGAGGCGACAGCUCGACCUGCAACGUCAAGUACGCCUGGACCCUGGAGUCCACCUCCGCCUGCUCGGAAUCCUGCGGAGGCGGAUUCAAGACGGCGACCUCGGUGUGCAAGACGACCGGGCCCGAGGAGACGGUCGUGGACAGCAGCAAGUGCGACACCAAGUCGAAGCCAGACGAGAUGCUACUGCCCUGCAACUCCCAUCCAUGCCCGACAAAAUGGCUCAGCGGCGAGUGGAGCAUAUGCAGCGUCCCGUGCGGCGGAGGCUCGAGGAGUCGGCCGGUUUUCUGCAUCGAGGAGAACGGCAACGCCACCAGUAAGCUUCCGGACUACAAGUGCAACGCCAGCCGUAAGCCCAAGUACCAGGAGAUCUGCAACGCGUUCUCGUGCCCAAUGUGGGAGCCGGGCGAGUGGAGUGAGUGCUCGGCGAGCUGCGGUGGUACUGGCACGAGGACCCGCAAGGUCGAAUGCCGCGAUGGCAACGGGCGCGUCUCCUCGGACUGCGACCCAGCCCAGCGUCCCAAGAGCCAGCAGGAGUGCCGCGCCCCGGCAAACGCCGACUGUUCCACCUACGCCGACGAAAUGAUGCAGGCGUAUCCUCUAGCCCCGGUGCCGGAGAAGCUGAUAGACCAGCCGGUGCCCUCGCAAUCAACAUUCGUGGCGGACGAGUGGUCGGCGUGCAGCGCGAGCUGCGGCGAGGGCGUCCGUCACCGGCAGGUCCACUGCAAGAUCUACCUCGAGUUCAGCCGCACGAUAGCCAAGCUGCCGGACCACCAGUGCACGGGGCCCAAACCGCCCCAGGAGGAGAAGUGCGCUCUGGAGCCGUGCCACCUUCUGGAGAACAGCUUGGCCUACAGAAUCGACCCAGUGGGCGACAGCAGCUACGCCGAAUCCAGCGACGGCUUCAGGUCAUCCUCCUCGGCCCUGGCAUCCGCGGUCAGUAGCUACACGGGUGGCGGUGGCUCGGGUGGGGGCUACGAGGGCAACGUCAAGGUUGCCUCCGGUAGCUCCGUCAAGACCACCUACUCGUGGCAGGAGGCCGGGUACACCGACUGCAGUGCCACUUGCUUGGGCGGUGUUCAGGAACUGAUAAUAACUUGCGUCCGAGAUGACACGAAGAAGGCGGUGAUGCCUCUGCUGUGCACGGCCGAAACGAAGCCAGAACUGAGGACGAGAAUAUGCAACGACCACCCCUGUCCUCCGAGAUGGAACACGAGCGAGUUCAGCGACUGCUCGAGUCCGUGCGGCCUUGGGAUCCAGACGCGCGAGGUGACGUGCUUGCACGAGGUGACGCGGGGCCCCGGCAACACGGUCACGGUGCCCAGUCAGAUGUGCCCCCAGCCACCCCCGGUCGACCGACAGUACUGCAACGUCUUCGACUGCCCGCCCGAGUGGCAAGCCGGUGAAUGGGGCAAGUGCUCGAAAACGUGUGGCGGUGGGGUCAAGCGGCGCAAAGUUGUGUGCGAGCAGACAAUGGCCCAGGGCCGCAAGAUCGCCCACACGGACGGCGUGUGUUCCGCAUCCAAGCCCCGCGCCGAGAAGGAGUGCAACAGCCGGGCCUGCGAGCAACUCGCGCCCGGGGCCCAACCGGUCAUUGUCACCAAAAACGCGACCUACGUCCAGGACGAUCCAAACAAAAAGGUCAAUCUCGACAUUGGCGGCCGGGCGACGAUUUUUCAAGGCACGCCCAUCAUCAAGAUACGCUGCCCCGUCAAGAAAUUCGACAAAGCUCACAUCGUUUGGCGCAAGGACCACGAGGAGCUACGCAAAUCGCGGAAGCACAAAAUCAACAAAAAGGGAGCUCUAAAAAUCGUGGACAUAGGCAUGGCCGACAGCGGCAUAUACUCCUGCUGGGCCGGACAGACGAGCGCUGCUCUGUACCUGACGGUGAAGCCAAAGUCCCGCGACUUGAUGAGCAACGAGGAAGUUUUGCGCUCGGGCAACGCGGUGCACCAACGCCAAGGGGCCCAGCUCAGUUCCGCCCCGGUCAACUCGGAGCCGUACUACGGCAUCUACGGCGAGGAGUCGAGCCAAGAGAACCAGCAGAGGUCGAACGGGUGGGCAAGCACGACGGAAAAGCCGCAGAAGCGCAAAAAGCAAAAGCAAACGGCUAGCCCGUCGCCCUCGGACUCGACCGGCAAAUACGACUACUCUGUGACGCCCCUGCACCAGCCCGUCGAGUCUUCCGUCCCGUCCGGCGCGUCCACCCUCGUGCCUCACCUCAGCCAGCUCGUGACGACCAUCAAGAGUUACUGGUCGCCCCGAGAUCAGCCGAGUCCGAGUUACCGGCACGCAGCCACUGGUGGGUACCACGAGAGCCGAGCGACGCUGCCGGCCACGAUACCCGAGAACAACGGCGAGUCGGGGGGUCAGUUUGGCUUCCUCCGGGGCAACACGGUCAUACCGGACAACACCUUCGGCCCGGACGAGGAGCGGAUCUUCAUAGACGACGACAGCUUCGAUGCGGACGAGACGGUCUUCGAGAUUGAGCACAGGGAGGAGAAGGAGGAGCGAGGCCACCGCGACGCUCCCACAGUGACGAUGGUGAGCUUCGACGGCCCCAGCCAGCCGACCCGCACGCGCCACCACCACGGCAGCACCGAGUCAUCGUCGCGCCACGCGCAGGGCAGGAACCAGCGCGGAACGAGCCGGGACGACGAGGUGGCAACCGACCCCUCGCAGUCCCCGUACGUGUCUUCGGAGUCGAUGGCAGAGGACGAGCUGCAAAAACUCGAGGCCAAUGGCACCUCGAUCGGCGACGUCGCUAGCGAGACGAUGUCGGUCGCAAUGACGACAACUGCGGCACUCGAGGCUCAGGUUUCCGAGUCCACGGAGGAGGAGGGGGAGGAAGAGGAGGAGACCGAGGCACCUGGGGGCAAGUUGGGCAGGGAAAUGAUGAGGAACGUCGCCGUCACCGAGGCUGAAUCCACGACGAGUACGACGACCCCGGCUCACACGGAGCCUGGCAAGAGCACCGUGGCUCCGCUCGUUUUAAGCAACGAGAACGAGAAUCACGAGCCCACUAUCGGCUCGGUCGGUGCUUACGGCAAAGCAAAGGACGAUUUGGUGUUCGAGUGGGUGACGACGGACUGGUCGAGGUGCUCCCAGACCUGCGGAGGCGGCGGCUUCCAGAUGCGAGGUGCCCAGUGUACGGUGCGUUCGGCGAAGAACGACUCGAGCGAGACGAAGGUUGCGCCUAGGACCGUCAUAGGGGCGUCCCUGUGCGAGGACGCGGGCUACCCGAUGCCAGAGAAGGUGCGGCCCUGCGGUGGCGGGAGAUGCCCACAGUGGAACGCCGGCGAGUGGUCGUCCUGCGAGUCCUCGAGAUGCUUCACUUGGAAGACGGCGAUGCAGAGGAGAGAGAUCAGCUGCCGGUUGGUCGAGGAGUCGGAGGACAAGUCGGAGAACGUGACGGUGACCGACCCGAGCAAGUGCGACGAGGCGGUGAGGCCGCCCCAGAGGCGAGAGUGCUACAACGACGCCUGCAAAGGGGUCUGGAGGGUCAACGAAUGGUCAGACUGCGACGCUCCUUGCGAAAAGGACGGGAUCAAAUACCGCAUGAUACAGUGCGUCUGGUACGGCACGAAGAAGCCGGCCGGUAACGCCUGCAGGGACAUACCCCGACCGCCGGUCAUGAAGACCUGCCGAGGACCGCCCUGCCACAAGACUUCGGAAGAUUGCAAGGACCACUCGCCGCUGUGCAGACGAGUUAAGCAGAUGAGCAUCUGCCGCAUGCCGUUCUAUGGAAAGCAGUGCUGCGAAACUUGCAAGCUCGCGGCUCACAACAGAAGUAGGAGGCACGCCACGAGACUCGCGUACUUUAAGCACCUGCGGCGCACGUAACUCGAUCCAAACAGUCGAAAACCACCACAACUGUCGAGGUCAACAUAAACAUGUAUUAUUAUUAUUAUUAUUAUAGGAUGUAUGUUACAAGAGCUUGCGAGAUGCACCAAUAUACCUAUACUUACUACGUUUUAAACAGAUCAACGAGGCUCAUUGAGUACAUCAUCUGGGCGGGAAGCGCGUCGUUUACUCUCCCCACCCUCUUAACUAGCCCAUGAGGAUGAUGAAUUGAAAGUUGUUCGCGUCUUAUCCCGGAGAAAAAAAUUUCGUUGAUUGACCCCAAUUUUAAAUAAUAUACAAUAUAUUAUAAUAUAAUUGUAUCGUCAGAGUCAAUGAGUGGAAAAAGCUAUGAGCGAUUUGUAACUGUUACCAUGUCGCGUUGCGUUUCAUUUUUCAAUACAUCGGGUGAAAUAAAUGCCUACUUGGAUUUUCCGUACCUAUAUUGCUUUUUUGGAUCAACGUGUUUGAGAGUUUAUCGAAAUUUCGGCUCGUUUUGUUGAGGACAUAAAUACAUUUCCCACUGUUGUUGCGAAGAAAAAACAAAACAACUAACCGUUCAAGACUGAAACUUUGCCGUACUUCAUUUAAUAAAAUACCACACAUCCCAUCGAGAGAUGAAAAAUAUAAAAUAUCAAAAGCAUCAACAAAAAAAUAUUCAAUAGUUAUGACACAGUCGACCGCGCAAAUUGCAAAUGAAUAAUCGCUCGAUGUAUCCAAAGACAAAUUUUCCGAUGUUUCCUUUCUCCUACUCCUACUCCUACUGACUAUACGCUAUAUAAGCAUCUACCUACCAUACGAAUAUAAACUUAUACUUACUCCCUACUCACUGCUUUCUUUUUAAACUAUACAGCAAAGCGAGGAAAAUCAUGAAGGAGCGAAAUUAAGAUUAAGAGAACGAAAAAUAGUACCACUCGAGCGACGUGGGCUACGCAAAGUAAUAUAAAUAUAUAAAUAAAAAUGUUUAAGCAUAUGCCUAUUAUCUUAAGGACAAACAAACAAACAAAAAAUGAGAAUACCCUCGCGGGUCGAAUGUAAGCCAAUAGAUUUUAAGCAAUAAACGAAAAAAAGAACAUUAUAUAUAUAGAAAUAGGUGACAUUGUAAGAUGAUAUCGAGGAUGAUAUUUUGUUAAAAAAAGAAAAUGAAACGAAAAUUCGUCGUCACUCCGCUGUAAGUUGUUUAUCGAGAGAAUGAAAGAAAAAGGAUCGAUCGAUCAAACAAGUUGAUGAUUUAUUUGUUGAACUGCUGUCGUCAACAUACAAUUUGCCUCAAGAAGACGAUGACUAAGCGAUGAUGGGUUUGUAGAAAAACAAUGUAAACGAAAAAUUAAAAAAAAAAAAAA